AUGGCCAAAGCGGACUCAAUACAGAAUGGACUGAAAACAGAGCCGACCGAUGAUGUGGAAAAAUCGCUCGAACUGCUCGACAAGGUCCUGUCGGAGUUCGAGGAGGAACCGGACCGCAUGAACCAUCACCACCACCUUCACCAUCAUCACCAUCACAAUCCGGCGGUCGAACCGGAUAGCCCAUCGCAAGGCCACCAGUCCGAGGACGAUGGCUACAUGAGCAUGAACGGAAGAAGGGCAAAAUUUGUACCUGAUUUUCAACCAACAGACGAAGCGAUUGCAACCUCGCCGCUGCAGCAGCCAGCAGAGCAUCCACAACCGCCCGAACAGGAACCAUCACAUUACGAACCACAGCAACGACAGCAGCACUCCCUGCCGUCGGACGAAACCUAUUCACCGCCUUCGCCCGAGGAAGCGGAACGAAUAAUUUCCAAUUUGCUGCCAAGAAUUUCACCGACAACAUCGCCAAAGCGACGGCUAGCGACGGAGAAUGGCCAGACCGAGUGGCGAAGCCGAAGCCAAUCGAUCCGCACCUCGGACGCGAUCAGCAUCGGCGACAGUGACAAUUCGAGCGACAACAAACCGUCCUCGCGCGAGGAAACCAUCAUCAGCAAGAGUCCAACCCAAACCACACUGCCAAAGACACGUCCACCCAACGCCAUGCCACAGCGCUACGCAAGUCUUCCAUGCUCCAGUCCACCCAAGCUGCACGGAUCGUCCGGUCCGAACGAUGCCGGAGGCGGAAGCCUCGACGGUGGUCGGAACAAGCUCGGCAUCGGAAUCAGCGCCGUGCACGAUGCGGUCCUCCGAGGGAUGGCCCGACUGCCUGAGCCAAUCCUGAACGAACACCCGGUCACGAUCUAUCCGGGCCGUGCCUCGCCCAGUCGCCGCAUGCCGCCGAGGACACUGUCCGGGUCGAUCGAACGGCACCGGGAUGUGUGCCGGGGUGCCUACCCCGGGUCGGACAACUCCACGUCGACGUCGCAGGAGAACUCGUCGCCGGAGAACAACGAGUCGGAGUACAACGAAUCGUCGCUCUCGCCAGCCCACGGUCACCUGCACCAGCUGGGGACCCACCCGGUGCCGGCAGCAUCGGCAGCGGUCGCAGCGGCCAUCACCAGCCGGAUAUUCCACACCGCGCACGGUACUCCACCGCUCGCCAACCAGCACUACCCGCUACCCCGGGGCCAGCGCGUUUCGGGCUCGGCCGGUGCUGCCAGCCGAACUGCGCGCCAUGACAGCGAUGACGAACGGUUUUCCGACGAUUCGCUCGAGGAAUCAUCGUUGCCACCGCCGCCCGGACCCCCGACCGUGCCACCGCCGCCUUCGCUGUCGGCGCCCGUCACACCGAGCAAGCGGCACAGCAUCGCCUGGGAGGUGAACCUGGACGAUCCGGCCAGCUUCGGCGAUCCGCUCGUGAUGCCGGCACCGAAGCCCGCCGCAGCCGCCAGCGCCAAGGUUAUUGGUCGACGGAAAGCCGCCGCGAAAACGGCAAAUAGCUCGCAGUCGAGCCUGGAGUCAACGCCGAGCAACGUGAAAAGCGAAUCGAAUGAGUGGCCCGCCCCACCGGACAUACCAAUAUGCAGCACCGAGGACGAAGCGGCCUCCAUCUACUCCGACUCUGACGACCUCAUUCCACAAAUCCCGGACGUUAGCGGACGCGGAACGUACGUUAUCCGAAAGGGCCGCCGGCAGCGUCAACGGCUCACGAGCCUCGAGUCGGAAGCGGCAACCAACAGUAACAGUGGUCCAGUGACUGACGGCCGCGAACCGCACAAGCAGCCAGCAGCGCGUGCCGCGGUGAUCGGUGACGAUCAUAUACUCGGCCUACCGAGCCCCGUUUUUCCCGCCUCUCUGAUGGCACCAAAAUCGCGGCACAGCAUCGAUCUCGGCCUGUCGUCGUUGUCGUCCUCGAAAGCUGCUGCCGGCGUGUCGCUCAUCAAACCAUCCCAAUCGGCACCGCAAAAGCUACCCAACUCCGUUCUUUCUCCAAGGUCACGUUUAUCAUUAGACUUAAGUUCACCUACUACCUCAGAGCUUUCAGCUAAUGUUAUCAAAAUCACCACCCCGACCGGCAACUAUCCUUCUCCCGGCGCGUCGCACGGGCACGUUUCUUCGCCGCUCGGACCGCCAACGGUUCCCGGUAUGCCGUCGCUUCACCAUGGCUCGAGCCUCAACGGGAUCACGGUUAACGGUGCCAUUGCCAGCGCGGGCAGCGGCCACAGCAUCAACGGCAGUCUGAGCAAAAGCAAACCAACCGCCAACGUGAGCAGCACGUGCAUUGUUAACGUGGCACCCGGCUCAUCCGGCGCCAAUCAACCGCAAUCAUCCGCACCGCCGCCGAUCGUUUCGGCGCGCUACACCGAGUUCAAGACCUACAGCUCCACGUUCGACGCGCUGCAAGCGCUCGAAAGCACGGCGAACGGUGGGGCCAACGGUGGCCUCCAGAACGGCUGCGGUCCCACCGGUGGUUCGGUGAACAGCGUCUCCGUCUGUCCGAACGGAUCGGACAACCCGUUGCUGCGCGUUUCGUCACUACCGACCAUGGCACCUCCGCUACCGACAUCCGCCACAGCGGAUGGCCUGUCGACGCCGCGUCGCGAACUGGCGCCCCCCAUCGAGGAGGACGAGGAGGUGGACAGCGACACGCAACGUGGUGUCCCGCUGCGUAAGAUCGAGGAUAACAUUAGUGCUUUACUACGUGGUGAUAUAUCCGUUGCUAGAGUAGCCGACAUACCUCCAGCAAGACGUCCACUAGGUUUUCGUCUAGGUGUUCAUAAAUCAGAAAGUGCCAAAGAAAUGCUUCUCUCCCAGGCAGGCCUUGGACCACUGCCACCAUCGCCACCAUCUACCAGCCCGGAACCGCAGGACAGUGAUGAGUUCCCACCCUUACCGCCAUCACCGACGGAAGAGCCGGAGAUCCUGCACCAGAUGCACGGUAUACGUAUCAGUUCGCGCACCCGAUCGAACGGUAGCAACAAUGGCACCGCCAAACACGACUCCGCGCUCCACGGCUACCGGGACGAGCAUCCGCCGGCGAUUCCGCCCCAUCGUGGACCCUCGAUAAAUACGCUUAAAACAAGAUCGAUGGACGCCGGGUUUAGUAAAUCGUACCGAAACGGUUCGUUCGGUUCCUCGACGUCCCCGCACGCCCCCGGCACACUUCCUCCCGAUUUGCCCGGAUGCAACUCGCGACGAAGGGUCAUCACCGGUGGCUACCAGAAGCGCACGGCGCAGAGUCCACGCGAGGAGCGAUCGCUGCAGACAUCCUGCAGUCUCCCGGAGACACCCAUUUUCGCCCGAGGCUGUGACAUACCGCGGACACCGCAUCGGCGGGCGCCCGAAGUACCGCCACACGGCAGCGGCAGCCGGACCGCCCCUAGGACCAACUCCACCACCGGCAGUCUCGGAUCGUCCGUCGUCGGUAUCAGUGCGUCGACCACGAUCGGCAGUCGGCAGCGCAGCAUCAGCCAGGCGCUGGCCAACGGGGAGAUGCUGCGGUUGGCCGGCGGGCCCGCCCGGGGCUGGUAUCCGAAGCAGCGCCACCCGCGCCCGGCCUCGACCGAGAACCUGGACCGGCUGCACCCGCAGGGAUCGCUGCGCGCCUGGGAAGCAGCGGGUACGGGUACGGGUAGCCGCAAACCGCUCACCCUACCACCAAAUCUCACACCCAAAUUUUUCAACAAGUCACCGCGUGAAGCGCUGCGCCGCGUCACUAGUUUGCUCAUUCGCAAAGGAAACUCCGGAACAAAGGAAAAGGAAUCGAAGAAGGAAAAGGAGCAACAACACCAUCAGCAUCCGCAGCAGCAGCAGCAACAACAACAGCAAUACCACUAUCAGCAGCAGCAGCAGCAGCACCGUGAUUCGUCAUCUGGCUUCCUGCAACGAUCACCCGGUUCCGAUGGGGCCGAUUCGCGCAACUUUCCGCAACCAUCAUCGCAACACACGACCCCCACGACGCAGAAGAAGAAGGGUUUCUUCAAGAGCUUCUGGAAAAAGUCCCGCCACUACUCGCUCGAGAAGCAGUAAGCAGCGAGAGCCGGUCGGUCCGGUCGCAGCCUGUGGGCGUCCGAAUGGCCUAAUGCGCGAGUGGAGCAGCCGAGCGCAAAGAAGCGCAACCGCGGGGAACCGGGGCUAGGUUCGCACACAAAAUAAUCUCUGCCCAAUUAUUUAGCCCCCCGGCCGGGGCCGGCAGCAGCAGCAGGCAACCGUCCGGUGAAGGCAGACAAUAUCUAGAAGGCUACCGGCGCUGCGGACGCCACUGGAACUUCGAGUCCGACACUGUACCGGGCUAGGGGCAACCCGGUCGGUAGGCAAAUUUGGGGAAAAGUCUGCCGAAAUGAGCGAAUCCCCACGCGUACAGCAGUAACAGGAGAACAUCAAAAAGGGUCACACAAAAAAAAUUGGAAACAAUUUUAAGGAAUCUACAAACCCACAGAAGUCAGAAGCCCAAGACGGUCGGUUUUUUUACAGGGCGAAAGAUGUGAAAAGUUCCAUACCCCGUUCCCGGACCUGUUAUCAUUAGACCCGGGCGAACCAUCAUUAACCAUCCUUCCUCUGAGCUUAGAACAACACAUACAGCUGCCGUGUUUUUUUUUCGAAGGAAACCGCAUCGCAGUUGAUUUCGUCAAGCGGACGGAUAAAGAAGUUCAGCAAUCUCUUUUUUCUGUCUGAAGUUUUCCCGUCAGGCAAUUAUUUUGUGUUUUUUUGUGUCGUAAGAACCCUCUACAAGAUGAAACGAAAACCGAAUUGAAAAGCUCAAUCGAAACGAAACCACAAACACCCGGAAAACCAUUUAGAGUAGGAACGUGACACACGAAACACGGAAAGUUUGGCAAAAGGCAGACAUUUGACAAGGUGAUAGACAAGCGCGCUGAUGAGGCAGACGAAGCAGCAGCAGCAGUAGGCGGUGCGCGAUUAGUUUGAACGAGAUAUUUCUUCUCUCCCAAUUUGGUGUUGUGCGCUAUGAUGUAGGCAGGACGAAAACGGAGGACGAAAACACAAUGAAAAAGUAAUCAGAAAAGUGGAAAUAGAAAAAGGCGUAACUCCCUUCCGCCAGUGUCCCCCACGCCGCGGAAAGGGUUAAUCGCUGGGGACGCCGGACCCGAACCCUUCGAACAGCGGGUCACAGCGCACAGGUUAGAUAAGUUUGUAAGUUGUUGUAGGCAAAUUCUGUAACGGAGUGUGUGUGUUAGAGGCGUGUACGGGCAAGACUUGCGUGCGUUCCCCUCUGUCUAUCUCUUUCUUUCGUUUUUCCUUCUUUUUUAUUCUUUUUUAUUUCCUUCUUCCCAUUACUUUCUUUUUGUUUCAUGUAAUCGAUUUCUAUUGUUACUUUUUUGAUUUAUUUUUGUUUUGUUGGAACCACUCGUUAAGAGAUCUGCGUUUUUCUGCGUUUUUGUUGUUCUGUCCACUGGUUAUUUAAACGUGCUUUUGUGUGUGUGUUAUAUUAUGUGUUGUAACCGAUAGGCUGUUUAAAUUGUGUUAAGUACGCGCUGUUAACGCGGAUGCUCCUACUGUAGUUUAGUUUAGUUAUUGUUUCACUCCCUUCUGUAGCGACCUCGAGCAGAGAAAGUUUCUUCCAGUUCCCCACUUUGGGUUUUUUGUUUUGUAAAAUAGUCAGUGUCAGAGUUAUGUUUUUGAACCGUUCCAUUCGCGGACGCCCCCCCUAAACCUACACACUAAUACCCCCCUUCUAAUCUUUAACGUAAGUCGAAGCAAAAAAAAUGCGCAAAGUAAAAGACGCCAAAAAACGGCAAGGGAAAUGCUAUUGCACUUCAAAUUCUCUGGCUGGGGCCCAGGCCCAGGUCGCAGGUGUCUAGUGUAGGGGAAACCUAACCGCUUUCACGCGAUGGCCGCGAAACUAACAGGAAAAAAUCAACUCAAUUCGAUAACAGGGCAAACGAAACACGGACGGACGGGCGCGAAGUGCCGCUCGCUGGACUCAGAACUGGACAGCAAACAAUCCGAUAAACCCCUAUGCGGAAUCCUGCUAAACCAACUCAUUCUCACUUUGCAUACCACAAGCCCAGGCCAACCCCUCUCAAGGCAACAA